AGGUCCUUUCUCAGUAGCAAAAGUAGGCGUGCAACAUCGCCCUCACUAUCGCUCUCGAAAAGGAGCUGCUAUCUUCGUUUUCGUUCCGUAAUUCCCUACCUCGCGCAGAAUCAUGAGCCCUGAAGACCGCAUGGAAGUGCUGACAAGGCAGUUGUGUGCAGGUCAAUCGACUGAGAGUAACUGGGAGCAUGUCCAGCAGGCACCCCCAGAUCCCAUUAUCGGUGUCACAGAUGCUUGGCGCGCCGACCCCGACCCCCGAAAACUUAACCUUGGCGUGGGAGCCUACCGAACGGAGGAGGGCAAGCCGUACGUCCUGAAAGCCGUACGAGAAGCGGAGCAGCAGAUCCUUGCCGACCCUGCCAUGAACAAGGAGUACCUUCCAAUCUCCGGCAACCCUGAGUUCAACCGACUGGCCCGCACUCUGGCCCUCGGGCCUGGCAGCUCCGCCAUCCAGCAGAACCGAGUGGCCACCGUGCAGGCCUUGUCGGGCACCGGCGCGCUCCGAGUUGGUGCUGAGUUUUUGUCGAUGCACUUGCCCGCCUCCAUACCGCGCAUCGUGUAUCUGCCCAAUCCCACCUGGGGCAACCACAAGAGCAUCUUCGCCAAGGCGGGAUUCCAGGUUCGCGAAUAUCGCUACUUCGACGCGGCCACUCGCGGUCUGAACUUCGCGGGUAUGGUGGCGGAUGUGUCGGCGGCGCCUCCCGGCUCGGUGCUACUACUACACGCGUGUGCACACAACCCCACGGGUGUAGAUCCCUCCCCGGAGCAGUGGUCUCGGCUGCUGGAGGUGGCACGGUCGGGAGGACUCGUGCCCUUCUUUGACAUGGCGUACCAGGGUUUCGCCAGCGGUGAUCUGGAUGCGGAUGCGGCAUCUGUUCGGCUGUUCCUGGAGGCAGGUCUGGAGCUGGUGCUGGCUCAGUCGUUCGCCAAAAACAUGGGGUUGUACGGCGAGCGCGCCGGCGCUCUCAGCGUCGUGAGCAAGACAAAGGAAGUUGCCACUCGAGUGGAGUCGCAGCUCAAGCUCGUCGUGCGGCCCAUGUACUCCAACCCACCAAUGCACGGAGCUGCCAUUGCCGCACGCGUCAUGGGCGAUCCCAAGCUGAACGCGCUGUGGAAGGAGGAGCUUCGCGGCAUGGCCGAGCGUAUCAAGUCCAUGCGCCAGGUGCUGUACGACCAACUGGUGGCUCGCAACGUGCCGGGGGAUUGGAGCUUUGUGCUGAAGCAGAUUGGCAUGUUCAGCUUUACAGGGAUGACGCGGCACCAGUGCGAGCAGCUGGUCAGCAAGUGGCACGUGCACCUCACUCUGGACGGCAGGAUUUCGAUGGCGGGAUUGUCAGCGGCAACCGCGCCCUAUCUGGCAGAGGCCAUUGCGGACGUAAUUCAGAACGCUUAGAUAAAGAUGGUAAAAUGAGGGGUGCUGCGCGAUGUUGCCAUGGUGGUUGAGGACGCGGCGGGAGAGGAUGCGCUAGGUGGCGCCCUGCCAUCGGUUGGCACUCUGGUCGUUCGGUUUAUGAUUUGGGUACGUGCCGUGGGCAAGCAAACAUUUUGUUCGUUUGCGGUCCUUGUCAUGCCCGACCAGCAGUCGUUAAAUAUUUAUUUUCUUUGCUUGUCACGAUAGCGCGAUAUGUCUCUUUAGUCUAGAACCCCCUGUCUUGCGUUUGGAAAUGUCGUGCAAUAGAACACGUUCCUUCAUUACCCGGUGCGAGACGCGUGCGAGACUGUACCGGGAAAGAACGGGUUUGUGUCACUGUUGCGACAUAUAGUCACGGAUGCCGUUUUAAAUUACUAAAGUUGUAAUGCAGUGUAGUAC